UGAACUGAAUCACGCAGCCGUUAGCCAAUACACCUGAAAACGACAUAGUGUGAUUUUUUUUUUUAGUCAUCUUCACAAACCACACCUUUUCGCCUCAGUUGGAGCGCAGUUUACUAGCGCAGGGAUUACUGAGCAACUUUUCUUGUUUUCUGAGGAGAUUUCAGUCCACAGGUUGAAGAGGACGCGGAUGUGUUUGUUGUAGGUUUCUCUCUUUGUCCGGCGCCAUGGGGAUCCUGUACUCAGAGCCUAUUUGUCAAGCAGCUUACAAUGAUGACAGCCACCAAGUUCUUCAGCUACUCAAGGAAGAUCACAAGAAUUUGAACGUUCAAGAUGAAAUAUAUGGAGACACACCAAUCAUAGCAGCCUGUAGAAGUGGAAGCCUCAGGACUGUCAAAUACCUUUUACAUCAAAAUGCUGACGUAUCUGUAAGAAACAAGAAAGAAAGGACUUGCUUGCACUAUGUUGCCAAAAGGAGGUUCUCUUUCUUGGAUUACCUUAUGAUUGUUCUUCUCAUGCCCAUCCUGUUGAUCGGAUACCUCAUAAUGAUAGAGAAGCAGAAGGCGCAUGUCAACCUGAUGAAGUUGGUGUUAGGCAGCAAGGUGGAAGUUGAUGCUGUUGAUUACAAAGGAAACACUGCACUUCACUAUGCCUGCCAGAGUAAAAGCCAUCAAAUUAUUCCACUCUUACUGGAGAAAAAUGCAGAUAUUUCAAUCAAGAACAAAAGUGAUGAAUCACCACUGGAUGUUGCAGAGAGGCUAAAUUUCAGGAAGGUUAUUGCAAUGUUGAAAAAAUCAAAAUAAGAGCAUUGCUUAUUUUAGGACUAAAUGAUUUUUUGUUCUCACAUGGUAUCAAGUUGUGUUAUAAGCCAGCAGCACGUUAAGUCUGUGUCUGACAUGGUGGUGGAUAAUAGAGGCUUUCUUGACUGGAAAUAUAAUAAAGACAGUGUACAAUAACUCUGUUUGUUAUUGUUUUGAAGGAUGAGAGAACACUGUUCUAUUAUUUUUUUUUAUUCUUGAAAAAUAAUAAAAAGGAAUAUUGUUUUACAGUAUUAAAAUAGACUGUUACUCUGUCAGUAAGGGAUGGCUGAGUGAAGUCCUUGAGUUUGGACAAUGUGAUGUGAUGUGAUUCCUUAAUUCUUGUUUUCCUAAAUUUUUUUUUUUUAAAGAAAAACAAAUGUUUUUUUUUUCUCUUUAAACAGACUGCAAAUAAAGCUACAUUGUUAAAUUGAGCUGUUGUUAAAAAUUUGUUAAUAAUUCUUAUAUCUUAAUACAUACACACAGUUUCUACACCACUUAUCCUUCUGGAUUGUGGAGGGGUUUGGGGGAGCUGGAGCCUAUCCCAGCGGUCACUGGGUAGAAGGCAGGCCAUCACCAGGCAGACACAUACAAUCACACGAACAUUCA